AUGGAUUCCUCACCAAGCUCGGCAGCUCCCAAGCCCCGCACGCCAAAUCCAGCCGAAGUAGACAGGAACGGUACCGCUCCUUCGUCCGGUCCCACGGCAGAGCACAAUGGAUCACAAGACGACAGGAAGCGAAAGCCCGGCGAGAACGGCACCCCAGAGGCUGAUCAACAAAAUCAGUCUGGCCCGCUGAACAAGCUCUUCUCUCGACGAAACCGAUCCCGCAGCCCCAGCAAUGCCACACCGCGCGACGACUACUCGAGACGUUCUCGAUCCCCCCUACCGCCUCGGUCACCAGAACCCGAGGAACAACCGAAACAGCGCAAGCGGCCUGGCGGUGGCGCACGGGCGGGCCUGAUGAACUCGGAGCAAUUGCGGCGGCGACAGGAGGAGCGCGAUCGCGCCAUGGAGGAGGAUGCACUGCGGACAUCGCGAGACCGCGGCGUGUCGGAUGUUGUCCGGCAGCACUAUAAUGCUGUUCCCCAGCGGGGCCGUGAGUGGCGCAAGACUGAAAGCACGAUCAAAGGUCUUCGCAGCUUCAACAACUGGGUGAAGAGCACGCUUAUUCAGAAGUUCUCGCCCGAUGAAGAGUUCGCCGCACGCUUCAAUGACACCAAGGAUUGGGCUGAUGAUAGCAUGCGCCCGAAUCCGGCCGAGGACAAGCAGCUGCUUGUGUUGGACUUGGGCUGCGGCAAGGGCGGUGACUUGGGCAAGUGGCAGCUUGCGCCACAAAGGGUGGAACUUUACGUUGGACUCGACCCGGCCAAUAUCUCCAUUGAGCAGGCGCGGGAUCGAUAUGGUCAGAUGCGGUCUCGUGGCGGAGGUGGCCGUGGCCGUCGACCGCCGCCUCAGCUCUUCCACGCGGAGUUUGCGACCAAGGACUGCUUCGGCGAGUCACUGGCUGAUGUCAACAUUGUCCAGCGCGUCGGCAUUGACCCCAAUGCUGGACCCGGUGGCUCUCUGAUGGCAUCUCGAUGGAGCGGCGGCGGUGGCUUUGACGUGGUGACUUCGAUGUUUGCUAUCCAUUACGCUUUCGAAAGCGAGGAGAAAACACGCCAGAUGCUCAGCAACGUCGCUGGUUGUCUGAAGAAGGGUGGCCGCUUCAUCGGCGUGUGCCCGAACUCGGACGUGAUCACCAGCAAAGUCAGUACUUUCCAUAAGAAGCGCAAGGAGCAGGAGGCCGCCAAGCCUGCCGAGACCGAAGGCCCCGAGGAUGGCGAGGUUGAAGAGGAGGAGCGGUGUGGAUGGGGUAAUGAUAUCUAUAGUGUUCGCUUCCCUGGAGAUACCCCCGAGGAUGGUGUCUUCCGCCCGCCAUUCGGGUGGAAGUACACGUACUAUAUGUCAGAGGCAGUCGAGGGUGUUCCUGAAUACGUUGUUCCUUGGGAAGCGUUCCGAGCCUUGACCGAGGAUUACAACCUGGAGCUGCAGUACCGCAAGCCGUUCCUGGAGAUUUGGGAAGAUGAGAAGAAUGAUCGUGAAUUGGGGCCGCUGAGUGAGCGGAUGGGAGUGCGGGAUCGCAAUACUGGAGAAUUGCUGAUGACCGAGGAGGAGAAGGAUGCCGUCACGCGACAGCGCAACUCCAUGUCCCGUUCUCGUCCCCCACCAAGUGUACGCUCACGAGCCACCCCAAGAUCCAACAGAAGAGCCGCAGAAGCUCCCGAGGACACAGAAGAACCGGAACUACCAGAAUACCAACCUCCCGAGGCACCUCUAUCCGCAGAAGCCCACCGCCAGCUUCACCAACUCUCCGAGAAACAAUACUUCGAGACCAUGCAGAAACACAUCCACGAUGCGGGCGUGCAAAUUACAUACUCAGCCGGCGAAGUUAGCGAUCGUCUCCGCGAUGCGCAAACCCGAUACGAGAAAGCGAAAGAAAAACGGCGAGCCGAGCAAGAGGGUCAGGACCAAGAUGCUGAGAGUGAGGAUGAAGAGUAUCAGCGGCUUGCGGAGCAGGAACGACAAGUAAACUCUAUUAUGGGCCGAUUGGAAGAGAAAAUGCGCUCUGUUGUUGAUAGUGAUGCCAAAUAUAUUGGGUUGAAGGAUGCUUUGGAUACCCUCGACAAGGAGGAAGCUCGGGCGCAGACUGUUUUGCUGGGUGAGCGACAACUCCGGAGUCAUCGGCGAGCGACGCGGCGGACGGGUAAUGAAGAGGAAGAAGAGGAGCAAGAAGAUGAAGAGGAGCGCGAGUCAACGCCAGUGCGAGAACUUCGCGAGCAUAACACAGAAAAUCCGCCGACUCAAAGGCUAAAUACCUCGCUGGUCGAGGGUCAAAAGAAGUGGGAAGAGCUGUCGUUGACUCAAAGAUACGCCAGCAACAAUGCUUAUACUGGGUUCUACCGCGUCGUGCAUGACUCCAAGUACCCCGACAAUGAAGCCCCGCCCAUGCCAAACUCCUCAACAUGGUUCUCACACAUGGAAGACCAUGAUACCGCCUCUGGUGCUGGCGCUUCGAGUGGCAGUCCAUCAACUCGCCGAACGCGCAACCAGCGCCAGCCGUCACCUGCCGAUUCAGACGACAUUGCCAUCGAGCGUGAGCGCAUCUCGCUGGAUUGCCCCAUCACUCUGGUCCGCUUCCGAGACCCGGUUACUAGUACCAAAUGCCCGCACAGCUUCGAGCACGAUGCUAUCAUGGAUAUGAUCGCGCGCUCACGACCUAUGCCUGGUGGUCCCGCCCGGGUCAAGGCCGUCAAGUGUCCUGUAUGCUCAAUCUUCCUUACUGCUAGAGACCUGGUCCGUGAUACAGCCUUGCAACGUCGGGUUCGUCGCGCGGAGGAACAGGAGGCGCGGCGGGCGGAGGAAAGUGACUCGGACGAGGAUGAUGAGCGGCGCAAGCGAAACCGGGUGACGCUGGCAAGUGAUGCCGUGGAUCCUGAUGAUGACGCGAUGGACGUGGAUGCGCCUGCGAGGACGCAGAUUAAAUCUGAGCCUGUGCAGGUUAUGGGGGAGCGGAGCCAGACGAGGGAGUCGGAUAUGGCUGAUGAAGAUGAGGAAGAGGAAGAAGAGGAAACCCAGAGUAGUGGAGAUGGGGAGGUAGAGAGCGAUGAAUAG